AUGGAAGAAACUGCAGGUAAAAGACAGAGAGUCGAUUCAAUGAUCCAGGGAGCACUCAAUGAAUCUGCUAGUUACAAAAGACUGAAGAUAGGGGAUGGAACCUGGAGUAAAAUCGACAAGAUUAUUGCUAAGUCAUCUUAAUAGCUUAUUUUAUUCGAAGUACCAAAAGGAUUCAAUGUUGCUGACUUAAAUUAAUUGAGUGAGAGGUUUGACUUAAAGAGGAGUUUGAAGAAAUCUAGAAAGGAAGGCCUGGUUUAUCAUAAGACUUAAGUAAAGAGGAGUGAAGAAGAUGAAACUGAGUCAGUUCAUAAGAAUUUAGUGAUUGGAAUCGAUUCUCUGAAAGUAGGCUCAGAUGCUGCCUCAUAGUUCAGUGGAGGUGCUCAUAUCACUUAGCUUUUAACUCUAUUACCUGAAACUGAUACUCCUAGUGAACAAAUUGGAAACUUAAAGAUUGGAAAGGGAAUCAAUGGAUAUGUUAAAGUAAUGAGUUCAAUAAUUCAUGAGGGUAUUGAGAAGCCAUAAACUAGAAACAUCAUUAAAGCAGUCCCAGUAAUCAAUAAUCUUUAGUCUAACUUUUGA